CCUUCUCUUCAUCCCAACCUUCUCUCCAUCUCUAACUUCUCUUCAUCCCCACCUUCUCUUCAUCCCAAACUUCUCCUAAUCCCAACCUUCUCCUCAUCCCAACCUUCUCUUCAUCCCAACCUCCUCCUCAUCCCAACCUUCUCUUCAUCCCAACCUUCUCCUCAUCCCAACCUUCUCUUCAUCCCAACCUUCUCUUCAUCCCAACCUUCUCUUCCUCCCAACCUUAUCUUCAUCACAACCUUCUAUUCAUCCCAACCUUCUCUUCAUCCCAACCUUCUCUUCAUCCCAACCUUCUCUUCAACCCAACCUUCUCUUCAUCCCAACCUUUUCUUCAUCCCCACAUUCUCUUCAUUCCAACCUUCUCUUCAUUCUAACCUUCUCUUCAACUCAACCUUCUCUUCAACCCAACCUUCUCUUCAACCCAACCGUCUCUUCAACCCAACCUUCUCUUCAUCCAAACCUUCUCUUCAUCCAAACCUUUUCUUCAUCCCAACCUUCUCUUCAUCCAAACCUUCUCUUCAUCCCAACCUUCUCUUCCUCCCAACAUUCUCCUCAUCCCCACAUUCUCUUCAUCCCAACCAUCUCUUCAUCCCUAAUCCCAACCUUCUCUUCAUCCCAACCUUCUCUUCAUACCAGCCUUCUCUUCAACCCAACCUUCUCUUCAUAUAA